UUGCAGGAGAAUUAGAUGAAUGGUUUUGGGGCCAUCUAAUCACAUUUCCAAUGAGGUUCCUGGAAUGUCAAACCAAGAAAUUAUGGCUGAGUUAAAGAAGAUGAGGGAUACCUAUGAAGAAUCGAAAAGGGAGAAUGAAAAGCGCUUAGAAGAAUUGGAAAAGGAGAACGAGAAGCUCAAAUCUAGGGUUACUGCUAUAGAGACUGAUAAGAUGGAGUCCGUGAAGAAAACAGCUUCUCGUGAUUUAACUGAAAUGGUGGGGAUUCAAGGGAGUAUUGAAGCUGAGUCUUGUUCCCAUCAACCACGAAAGGGAAGCCGGAAGGCUAAAGUCGUUGUGGCUUCCUCAGAUCAACCCCAAACAGGAGGCCGGAUGGCUGGAGUCGUUGAGGCUUCACCCCAUCAAACCAAAAUAGGAGGCAAGAAGAGGAAACUGACUCCUGAUGAAUUAAAAGCAAACAAAGCAGUGCGUAACAGCAAGAAUUAUAACAAUAUGAAGGAUGCGAAACAAAAAGUUAAGGAAAUGGAACCUCUAGUGGAAACUCUGAACAAUAAAAUUGCUGAAUUGGAAAGAGAAUUGGAAACUCGGAAAAAUGAAACAACAGAAUUGCAUGUAGAAUUGGGGACACUCAACGCUCAGCUUCGUUGCGCCAUUCUGCUUCGGAAGGAACUGAGAGAACAUCUUGAGGACCCGAAGUUGCCAAAUGUCCGAAGGCUUACAUCCAACGUAAAACCAAUUGGCAAUAGGGCAGACGUUAAUAUAAACGCUCUGGGGCUUAAGCCCCUAAUUCCCUAUGCAAAGCUCCCUAUACUGCUCUUUGCUGAGCUUUUCUUUGAGAAGAUGGAGUCCGUGAAGAGAACAGCUUCUCGUGAUUUAACUGAAAUGGUGGGGAUUCAAGGGAGUAUUGAAGCUGAUUCUUGUUCCCAUCAACCACGAAAGGGAAGCGGGAAGCGGAAACUGACUCAUGAGGAAUUAAGAGCAAACAAAGCAGUGCGUAACAGAGAGCAUUAUAACAAUAUGAAGGAUGCGAAGCAAAAAGUUAAGGAAAUGGGACCUCUAGUGGAAACUCUGAACAAUAAAAUUGCAGAAUGGGAAAGACAAUUGGAAAGACAAUUGGAAACUCGGAAAAAAGAAACAAUAGAAUGGCGUGUAGUAUUGGGGGGACUCAAAACUCGGCUUCGUGCCACCAUUCAGGUUCUGAAGGAAGUGAGAGAAGAUCUUGAGAUCUUGACAAAUGUCAACAAAAAAUUGGAAAGUCUUAUUCACAAGCUUAUUCAAGAGCUCACGGAGGGUGGCGGGGGGUACGGGGGCAACCGUUUGGGCAUUUGGCACCUUCGGAAGGAGGUUCAUUUUGAAGUACAGGAUGCGAAACAAAAAGUUAAGGAAAUGGAACCUCUAGUGGAAACUCUGAACAAUAAAAUUGCUGAAUUGGAAAGAGAAUUGGAAACUCGGAAAAAUGAAACAACAGAAUUGCAUGUAGAAUUGGGGACACUCAACGCUCAGCUUCGUUGCGCCAUUCUGCUUCGGAAGGAACUGAGAGAACAUCUUGAGGACCCGAAGUUGCCAAAUGUCCGAAGGCUUACAUCCAACAUCUUGACAAAUGUCAACAAAAAAUUGGAAAGUCUUAUUCACGAGCUUGUUCAAGAGGUAUGAUAAUGGAAUGCUAUCAGCUGCUUUAUAGUUUGUUAAUUACUAAGUAGAUCUUGGUGCGGGGAGGAAAUAUAUACUAGGCACAUCUUAUGUUUUGCUUUUCGUGAAGAUAAGAUUACUGUACCUGUUGAUAUGGGAUGGAAAUAAAUUAUCAGCAACUCU